AUGUCUUUAUACACUACCGCACAGAAGGCGAAGCGUCGCGCGACCCACACGCGUCCUGAGCUCACAGACGAGCAAAAGCAGGAAAUAAAGGAGGCCUUUGAGCUGUUUGACACUGACAAGGACGGGGCAGUGGAUUAUCACGAACUGAAAGUCGCGAUGCGGGCUUUGGGCUUCGACUUAAAAAAGCCUGAAGUUCUGAAGAUAUUAAGAGAUCACGAUAAACACGGGCAUGGCUUGAUGGAAUUCGAGGACUUUGCUAAAAUAAUGAGCGAGCGGAUACUCUCGCGGGAUCCAAUGGAGGAAAUAAGACGAGCAUUUCAAUUAUUUGAUGACGACGGGAGUGGGAAGAUUAAUCUCAGAAACCUGCGACGUGUUGCGAAGGAGUUGGGAGAACCACUAGACGACGAUGAAUUGCAAGCGAUGAUCGACGAGUUCGAUCUGGAUCAGGACGGAGAAAUUAACGAGCAGGAAUUUUUUGCAAUCAUGACGGAUGAUGCUUAA